GUAGUUCAGGUUCCAGUGGGUCAGGGGUGGCUUUGUCAUAAACCAAGCGACCGUUUUUCCCUCCGUCCUUUCCAGGGUAUUAGUGAACCCUCAAUCCCUCGACCCUGCUAGGCCUAGUCAGGGGAUGUCUCUACGCUGCCGGGACGCCGCCCGCACCCUGGGGCCCCGGGUAUUUGGAAGAUAUUUAUGCAGGCCUGUCAGACCAUUCAGUUCCUUGCCAGAUAAAAAACAUGAAUUUUUACAGAAUGGGCCAGACCUUCAAGAUUUUGUAUCUGGUGAUCUUGCAGACAAGAGCACCUGGGAUGAAUACAAAGGAAACUUAAAACGCCAGAAAGGAGAAAGGUUAAGACUACCUCCAUGGCUAAAGACAGAGAUUCCCAUGGGGAAAAAUUACAAUAAACUGAAAAAUACAUUGCGGAAUUUAAAUCUCCAUACAGUAUGUGAGGAAGCUCGGUGUCCCAAUAUUGGAGAGUGUUGGGGAGGUGGAGAAUAUGCUACUGCCACAGCCACAAUCAUGUUGAUGGGUGACACAUGUACAAGAGGUUGCAGAUUUUGUUCUGUUAAGACUGCGAGAAAUCCACCUCCACUGGAUGCCAAUGAGCCCUACAAUACUGCAAAGGCAAUUGCAGAGUGGGGUCUGGAUUAUGUUGUCCUGACAUCUGUGGAUCGAGAUGAUAUGCCUGAUGGGGGAGCUGAACACAUUGCAAAGACGGUAUCAUACUUAAAGGAAAGGAAUCCAAAAAUUCUUGUGGAAUGUCUCACGCCUGAUUUCCGAGGAGAUCUUAAAGCAAUAGAAAAAGUUGCUCUGUCAGGAUUAGAUGUAUAUGCACAUAAUGUAGAAACAGUUCCAGAAUUACAGAGGAAAGUUCGUGAUCCCCGGGCCAAUUUCAACCAGUCUCUGCGUGUACUGAAACAUGCCAAGGAGGUUCAGCCUGAUGUUAUUUCUAAAACAUCUAUAAUGUUGGGUUUAGGCGAGAAUGAUGAACAAGUAUAUGCAACAAUGAAAGCACUUCGUGAGGCAGACGUGGACUGUUUGACUUUAGGACAAUAUAUGCAGCCAACAAAGCGCCACCUUAAGGUUGAAGAAUAUAUUACUCCUGAAAAGUUCAAACACUGGGAAAAAGUAGGAAAUGAACUUGGAUUUCAUUAUACUGCAAGUGGCCCUUUGGUGCGUUCUUCAUAUAAAGCAGGUGAAUUUUUCCUGAAAAAUCUAGUGGCUAAAAGAAAAACAAGUGCACUCUAAAACUUUGAAAAGACCUUCAGGAUCACAGAAAUUUUAAAAAUUUGAUUCCAGUUGGCAAUAGAGGUGAUGUCAGAAUGCCUAGACUUCAGUGGAUGUACCCCACUCUUUUUGCUUAAAGAAAAAUGUCAAUAAGCUGUAUAUAUUAAAUUAUAGUAAUUCACUUGGCUUUUAGCAUAUCUUCUUCAUCCCAGUAAAUUGUUGCUUGCUAUGAUAUAAUCAUAAAAUAGCUUUGUAAUAUGAUAUAAUCAUAAAAUAGCUUUGUAAGAAUUUGCUGUUAACAUUAUAAUUUUAAAAAUACAUCAAAAACUUCCAGAAGAUUUUUCAAGCUCCUGUUGCCUAUACAUUAUCUUCACAUCUCACUUAAGAAAAAUGAAAAGCCAAAAUUUCAUUUAUGUUCCUGUGAUGAAACAGUCAACAUAGAUAAAGACUAUGAUCAGUUUACUUAUGAUUAGCGUGUGUCCUUUUCAUAAUAGUAUAAUAUCAUUGGAAUUGUGCAGAAAGGCUUAAGAUGUUGAUUCUUUACAUUGGUAUGACUACUUCGGAUCCUGCAGAACAGUUUUACAGUGAUUACUUGUUUAGUACCCCUAUGAAACCGAGACAGUGAUGUUGUUCAAGGCAUGGAGAUAUAACCUAAGAAAUAUCAACCCUCAUUUGUAUAGUGCUUAUUUGUAAACUACAUGCACUCUCCCAUUUAUUCCUUUUAUUCCUCACAUUACUCUGGUGAGAUGGUUGCAUUAUAUAAUAAUGACCAGAAAAAGGAAUUUCCUUCUAAAAUACUAAUACUCACCACAGAUGUGUACAAUCAACUGUGUAACAAUAAAAAAAAAAAAUUACUAAUACUCAAUCUGUUGACUCUGAAUCCUGUCUUUGUACUUCUUCAGCAAUUCACACAGGAAAUUUUUAGGUGGUUAUAUUGUAAAAUAUGUAAUGUGGCUGGCCAAUUCUAUUUUGAUUUAUAAAUAAAUGAACCAGUAUUUAUUAUAAAUGUAAAGAAUAACUUUGGAAAUUGGUUACAUUUUAAUUUAACCCAAGGAAGGAUUAUAUACUACUUUAUAGAUCCUAAUAAGUUUUGCUGUGUAAAUUUAAUCCCACUGAUUUUAAGUUUAAACAUCUCAAGUCAUUACCACCUUAAAAACUGAUUUCACAGAAAAAAAUGGAUUAUUUUUCAGACUGCGAUUUUGUGACAUAAUGUAGAUGUUUCCUGAUAGUUGAGCCUUUUGCACAGUGUAGGCCAAUGGUAAUGAAACUUUUUAACAGGGAAUCAUUUUAUCAAAUGAAAUUUUCAUGGAACCCCAAUGUAAAAUAAUUAAAAUGGCAUUUUAUUAGCACAAAUGUAUGUUAAAGUUGAGAUUUAUAACUUUUAUUUAUUCUGUAUACAAAAAUAGUGAAUGAUAAAAUGAAGCUAUUUUUCCAUAUGAAAAUGUGAAAUUAGGAGUUACGGAGGAUAUUUGCAGUCUUCUGUCAGCCUCAGUAGUCUACUUGUUCUUUUGUUUUGUCUUGGUUGCAUAGUAUUGAGAAAAAUCCUGAUUGAUACCAGCUGAAGAAUAGUAAAUUAUUACAAAAAGGUUUUAAAACAAACACUUUAUCUUGCCAUCUCUGGAUACUCUGCAGUUAAACUCAAUCCAGAAACUUGAAAGAGGAGUAUCAGGAAAUGUUUGUUUCAAAGUGGAAUCACAAAUAAUGUCCUGAUUUGUAAUUCAUUCACUCCUUAUUGCAUAACUGACCAUUAUACCCAACUAGAAUGUGUGCGAUGAAAUGCCUGAGUCUUGGGGUAAUCUGAGUGUGGUGAACAUGUGUUGUAGAGGUGUACUCCCUUGCACAACUGUAGAAGAAUGGACGGAUGAAUUUUAAGAGCCCAGGGCAGAGCUUUGACCUUCCUUAACAAUGAUUCAUUUAUAAGAAGUGCAUUUAAAUGCACAGACAUUGGCUGGCUGGGUAGUUCAGUUGGUUAGAGCACACCCUUGUAACAGCAGGGUCAAGGGUUCAGCUUUAUACUGGCCAGCUGCUAAAAACAUUAAAAAAUAAAUGCACAGUCAUGGCAAGAAGUCUGUACAAAAAUCUGGCAGUGCAAGUUAAUGUAUCAGUGGUUUACAAUGUAUUAAA